CUGGGAGUCGCCGGCCGGGCGGGUCCGCGGAGGGCCAUGGCCGAGGCCCCCUCGUCACCUCUGACCUUCGAGGACGUUGCCAUUUAUUUCUCGGAGCAAGAAUGGCAGACUCUGCAGGCAUGGCAGAAGGAGCUUUACAAGCACGUGAUGAGAACAAAUUACGAAAUUCUCAUUUCUCUAGAUGGGGGACUUCCCAAACCAGAACUAAUAUCUUGGAUUGAACAGGGAAGAGAACCCUUCAGGAAGUGGAGUGAAUCACGGAAAUCAGGAAAGAUAAUUUGCUCCUCUGCUGAUAAACAUUUUGAUCGAGUUAUUGAGAGACAGCUAUUUUGGGGAAGCCAGCAAGCUGUGACUUCAGGAGAAACUAAAUGCCAUUUCCAAGUAGAUCCCCUUCAGUGCUGCCUUUCCUCUGACCCCUUAGGAGGAAGAAGUGAAGAUGUUUCCUUCAGCCCUGACCAAGGUGGCAUCCUCACCAGCGCCUGCAGACCUGAUACAGGGGCUUUCUUUCCAGUAGUCCACAGCUGCAGGGGAUCCACCCAAAGAGAAAGAACCCUAAGUCCCAGAACUCUGGGCCUCACUGGCUUUCAGGAAACCCCCUGUUGGGAGGGCACCCCGCUGGCUUGCCCUGUGUGUGGGGAAAGCUUUUGGAAGCAAACCCACUUAGAAAAGCACCAGAGGAGCCACUCCCUGGACCAGCCACGCAGGGCCUGGAAGCCAUUCAGCUCACGAGCUGAACCCCAGCAACCACGGAGCCCCCCUCAGGGACAGGGACACCUCCGGUGCCAGGAAUGUGGGAGGAGCUUCCGCCUGAAGCACUGUUUGCUGAGACACCUGGCCGCCCACGCAGGGAAGGACCCCUCGCAGUGCCCCCAAUGUAAACAGACCCUUCUCAGCCACCCCCUCCUGCAUAAGGGGCAGCGACCACCCCAGUGCCCCGGAUGUGACAAGAGCUUUCUCCCCAAGAACGGCGGGCCAGCUCCCCAGGACCGGUACAGUGGGGAGAGGCCAGACUCGUGUAGAGAAGGCCCCGGGCCCUGUUCUGAGCAGGGCGAAGUCAGCGGUGUGCUUGCAGGAGAGCAGCCCUGCGGGAGCCGGGAGGAGGAGUCCGGCCCCACGCAGAGGCCGAUCUCUGGCAGCGACCUCAGCCAGCGCUUCCCUCCGCGGCCGCCGCUGCUGGGCCUCGGGCGGGUGCUUGCGGGAGAAAGGCCCUCGCAGGGCCGGGAGAGCAGCUCUCCGCGGGCGCACCGCGGGGACAGGCCCUUCUCCUGCAGGACCUGCGGCCACAGCUUCGCGGGGCAGCGCCAGCUCGCGGAGCACCUGCGCGUGCACAGCGGCGAGAAGCGCUUCUGGUGCGGCGAGUGCGGCAAGCCCUUCCGCCAGCGGGGCCAGCUGCUGCGGCACCAGCGCCUGCACUCGGGCGAGCAGCCCCUGCAGUGCCCCGAGUGCCAGCUGCGCUUCCGCCUGCCCCGCACGCUGCGCGCCCACCGGCUCCGCCACCUCGGGGAGCGGCCCUUCUCCUGCGGCGAGUGCGGCCGCGGCUUCAGCCACCCGUGCCGGCUCCGGGAGCACCUGCGGGUGCACAGCGGCGAGCGGCCCUUCCGCUGCCCCGAGUGCGACAAGAGCUUCCGCCUCAAGGCCAUCCUGAAGGCGCACCAGCGCACGCACAGCCAGGAGCGGCCCUUCCCCUGCGCCCAGUGCGGCAAGGGCUUCCAGCGGCCGUCCAAGCUGGCCGAGCACCUGCGCGUGCACAGCGGGGAGAAGCCCUUCCAGUGCCCCGACUGCCUGCGCGGCUUCCGCCUCAAGGGCCAGCUGCUCAGCCACCGGCGCCUGCACACCGGCGAGCGGCCCUUCCAGUGCCCCGACUGCGACAAGCGCUACCGCGUCAAGGCCGACAUGAAGGCGCACCAGCUGCUGCACCGCGGCCAGAUGCCCUUCUCCUGCCAGUGCGGCAAGGGCUUCGCCAAGCAGUCCAAGCUCGUGGAGCACGUCCGCACGCACACGGGGGAGAAGCCCUUCCGCUGCCCCGAGUGCGACAAGAGCUUCCGCCUGAAGGCGCAGCUGCUCAGCCACCGGGGCCUGCACACCGGCGAGCGGCCUUUCCGCUGCCCCGAGUGCGGCAAAAGCUUCCGGGAGAAGGGCCACAUGCUGCGGCACCAGCGCAUCCACAGGGCCGAGAGGCCGUUCGCCUGCGGCGACUGCGGGAAGGGCUUCAUUUAUAAGUCUAAGCUGGCCGAGCACGUCAGGGUGCACGCGAAGACCUGCAGGCCGCCGAACGAGCCCGAGGUCAAGAGGCUGAGGCUUAGCCAGCUGUUUGCCAUGAUCGAGGCCGACUGGAGUUGAGGCCCAGGCGGACAUCAAAGCCUGCAGCGGACUCGCUGCCCCUCGGGCCCACUGGGAGAUUUAGGAACAGGGGCCUGCCUCUGAGCAGGAAUGUGGUGCAGGCUAGGCAUGUGGGAAACCACACAGGGCGUUCUCUUUUAGAAAUCACCGGCUGUAUUCCCAUCAGCUGAUUAAAGGCUUCUUGUUUCUCCUGCCACUUAAGCCCUAAUUUCCCGCUGUUGCAGGCUCUGAAUGCCCGGCUUGGGUUAAGACAGAAGGAACCUUCCUGUGCGGUCCCCAAGGCUCCAGGAUGGGGCGAUUCUUAAAUAUUUCUUUAAACCUUUGGGUUUAAUUCCAGUGAAUUUUGUUAAAGGCCUGCAAGGCUGUUGUAUGUGCUUUUGAUUCACCUCCUUUGAGACGGAUGGCAAUAAAUGAGUCUCCACACCGUCUUGUCUUUUUUUUUUUU